GGUUUGUGUACGGAAGUGGUCAGCGGGUUGAAGGUCAGAGAGUAAAGGCUACACUUCUUUCGACUGGAAGUAUACACAGCCAUCUUGGAUCUAACGAAGCGAAGAGAAAUUGAUGCGGUGACAAAAGGCAUGUUUGGUGCUAGAAAGAAAUUUCCAGAUUUUGUCGAGGUAAUCGAUAAUGACUUCUCUGACGAUAUGUACUACAACCAGCCAUCGAUGUUUCCACAUCGAUCGGACAAAGAUAUACUUUCGUCUCCUUCACCGUCGUCGUCUGGUCAGCUGUCACAGCUUGGUCCAAGUUUGUACGGUCCACAAAGUGCAAUCGGUUUCCCCGUUAGAAGCCUGGGAAACAGUACACCUCAGUUAAACCGAAAUCUAACACAAGGGACGCAACUACCAAGUCAUAUCACCCCAACAACAGGUGUUCCCACCAUGUCCCUCCAUACACCUCCAUCACCAAGCAGGGGGACGUUACCCAUGAACACGAGGAACAUACUGAAUCACUCUCAGGUUGGUCAAGGCAUUGGAAUAAGCAGUAGGACCAAUAGUAUGAGCAGCUCAGGGCUUGGAAGCCCCAACCGCAGCUCACCCAGCAUCAUCUGUAUGCCCAAACAGCAACCAGCACGYCAGCCCUGCACCAUAAGCAGCAUGUCUGGUUUUGGUAUGAACCGUAAUCAGGCUUUUGGAAUGAACAACUCGUUAGCAAGCAGCAUCUUCAAUGGCACAGAUGGRGACAGUGUAAUGGGACUGGAUCUGUCAGACUUCCCUGCUUUAGCAGACCGGAAUCGGAGAGAAGGAACCGGAAAUCCAGCACCGUUGCCCAACCCACUGGCUGGACGGGCUCCUUACGUUGGGAUGGUGACAAAACCGUCGACUGAACAGACACAAGAUUUCUCCAUCCAUAAUGAGGACUUUCCUGCACUGCCUGGGCCAAACUAUAAGGACACCACACUGAACAACGAUGACAGUAAAACUAACUUGAACUCCACAAGCAAGAGCACAUCCAGCACAGAUGGGCCAAAGUUCCCCGGAGACAAGACGGCGUCGGCACAGAACAACAACCAGAAGAAAGGGAUCCAGGUGUUGCCAGAUGGUCGGGUGACGAACAUUCCCUCGGGAAUGGUGACGGACCAGUUCGGCAUGAUCGGUCUGCURACGUUUAUCCGGGCCGCAGAGACGGAACCGGGAAUGGUCCACCUGGCACUAGGGAGCGAUCUCACGACACUGGGACUCAACCUGAACUCACCAGAAAACUUGUACCCCAAGUUCGCCUCUCCCUGGGCAUCAGCACCAUGUCGGCCUCAGGACAUCGACUUCCACGUUCCAUCGGAGUAUUUAACCAACAUCCAUAUAAGAGACAAGUUGGCUGCAAUUAAGUUGGCGCGAUACGGUGAAGACCUGUUGUUCUACUUGUACUACAUGAACGGAGGCGAUCUACUACAGAUCCUGGCAGCAGUAGAGCUAUUUAACCGGGAUUGGAGGUACCACAAAGAGGAGCGGGUUUGGAUAACGCGAGCACCUGGCAUGGAGCCCACACUCAAGACCAACACCUACGAGAGGGGCACCUACUACUUUUUUGAUUGUCUUAACUGGAGGAAAGUUGCCAAGGAAUUUCAUCUGGAGUACGACAAGCUGGAGGAGAGGCCUCACGUGCCAACCACCUUCAACUACAAUCCAGCCCAGCAGGCCUUCUAAGGCCCAACCAGUCCAAAGGCCGCAGCUGUUCCUGCACACAGCCCUGCUGUCCAGGACGGGCGCUGCGGGACUCACAGCUUGGUUUUUAUUCCUCAAGGAUUCGGCUGUUCGACUGCAGGGGUUGUGAUCACCAUUAAACUGUCCUGCCUUUUUCUGAAUUUACAUUCUACCCAAAACACUUGUUCCGUUUUUAUUCAAAUUAUUAUUUUUGUCUUGUUUUGAGCAGGGUCUGUGUUAUGUUUACGUCUCUGAAUCUGAAGCCUUCUUUCUCCUGGGGAGGAGGACCGACCUUGUGACAGAACAAAGCUUCCACCUCUUAUUUACAGCAAGUGUUCAGAACACAAAAAAAGGUGGAAAAGUUAGCAUUUUCAGACACAAGUGAAGGGGUGAAAGAAAUGCAAUGUUUAUUGUUGCACUAUAUUUAGUAAUAAAAUAACACAAAAUUUG